AUUUCAGUUUCAGUUUUGAAGAUCACUCGCUGUGGAGCAGUCGCUCAGCAGGGCGGAAAGAGAAAGCUAAAGCUAAAAAGCUGAAAUAAUAUUGCAAAUAAAAAAAAAACAUAUACCAACUCGAACUCCAUUUCGAAUUCUGUAAUUGACCACAUUUGUGUACUUAAUAUGUGAAUAAAUAUAGAAGUUGAGCAAACAAAGCUGGUCUCCCACCAGAAACAAAAAGUCACACUUCCCAUAACAAUAAUAAUAUAACCCAAUGUCAAUAUCAAGCGAUCGUGAAAACACUCGAUCGUUCCAAAUCCGGGGUCAGAAGCUCUCCGGCUGAUUAACACUCCGCAUCUCCGCAUUCACGGCUCGAAAUAAGUAAACAAAAAACCCACAAAUACGGCAAAUACGAGCAGCUAGCUCAACAAACGCUUGGAAUAUAGAAAAACACGUUUCCACAAAAAAGGUGCUCUCGCACAACAACAAAUUAACCAAAUAAAAAAUAACAAAUAACACAAAUUGCUGUCGCUUUUUGUUAUUUGUUAUUGAAUACACGAGCACACGCAUUCGAAAUUAAAGGCCCUGAUUCUGGCCAUUACCGAAUAUGUCGAAAAGCUGAGCUCGAAUCGAGAUCGCGCGGCAUUUGUCGACUUGAGCUUGUAACCCGAGCAGCCGUGACCGCAGAAAACCCAUUAAAGAUACUAGAUAUCCAGAGAGAUUCAUACCUACCUAAAGUACAAACCAGAGGUACAUAUAUAUCACACAGCGAUAUGGAGCGUUCGCAUAGCUGUAGUAAUUUCGAGGAUGGAAGGGGUGGCAUCAAGGUCGUCGCUGGACCCUUGGAACAGUUGGCCGGCAGCAGUGAUCAGCUGGCCAGCGUUCACUUUCCGCCCAGCAAACCGCUGCGCAGGCGCAGAAAACUCCAAAGACAACAGUCUGCCGUGGAUGCCGAUGAUAUGGAAUAUGCCGCCGAUCUGGAGGAGAAUGCCGAUCCGGAUGUGGAGAACAUGACGCCCGUAGUUCCAUUGCCUUUGCCCUUGCGUCACAUAUCAUCUUCGAUGAGUAGCCGCUGCCUGCGCCACGAAGAAUCCUUCGAGUCCUCCAGCACAGCUCCCGAGUUGAGUCCCCAGGCUCAGAGACAGCAGAGAUUUAGCAGUUUACUCCUCCGAGAUAGUUCUGUAUCUGUACAAUCCGACUCGAGUCGCUAUUCCAGUGUGGAUAGUCUGCUGGAGGCCCGCAAGCCCGAUCCCGAGGCCAUACUCAUCAACCUGGGCUUUGGACCCCUCAGUUCCGAGGAUAUGCUGUCCAGGAUACCUCGGCGUUUCCUGAAACCCUCACAAGUGCCUGGUAUCGAUACCGAUGCCUUUGUGCAAAGACUGACUUUGGCUCGCUCCCUCGCGGAUUCGAGUGUUUUGGGCUAUAGAGGUCUCACCGGAAAUCCCGAUAUGCCACCCUCGUCCAUUGUGGCCAGCAUUAUGAAGCGCUUCGAGGUCAAUCAUCAUCGCAAGAACUCCAUGGGUUCCAUCAAGCCCACCAUACAAUAAGCCAUAGCCAUAGGUCAAACUCCAUACCACAAGUCAGCCAAAUAGAGGACAUUUUCGUAACGUUAGUUGUUGCCAAGCGGGGUUUUUGGUGACCCAUGACCCCUGUGAUCGUCUUGUCUUGUCCAUUAGUCCAUUUAAGUGCCGCGUACUUAGCUGUGUAUCUGUAUUAUUGUACCAAUACAUUAAUUAUUAAUUUUUUAAGUAUGAAUUAAAGAUGAUAUUAUGUUAA